AUGCUCUUCUCCCGCGUGACCCCAGCCCUGAUCUGCGCCCUCGCGACUUCCGCCCUGGGUGCAGUAAACACUAAGCAGACAGUCGACGGCCUGAAUGCCCUCCAACAGAAAGCCAUCGAGGCCCGCAAGGGCAUUGAGGGAUGGAACGGCGGCCUUAUGGGCCUCAUCCCCGUCGCCAGCAAGAUCCAAACUCUGCAGACUUCUGCUGCCAACACACGCCGGAGCAUCGAUGAGUCCGACGCCUUUAACAAUGAAGACCUAGAUGCUGUUGACGCAGCCUAUUGGCAAUUGCAGCCAGAGAUUGUGGGGGCCCUGAAUGCAGCGCAGCAGAAGGCGCCGGCGUUCAAGGAUGCGGGAGUGGCCUUCUUGGCGAGGGCUAUGAUAGAUGAUCUCAAGACUGAGAAGGACAAAUUCGAGACCUCAAUGCAGGGAAAGGUGCCUGCUGAGAAUUACCGCAACGCUGAGCCCAGUGUUGCCGAGGUCAAUGCUGCCUUUGAAAAUGCUCGCAAGGCGCUCGCUGCUUAA